AUGGCACAAUUAUUAUCGAAUGAAGAAGAAGUUUUAGAAGCAUUUGACCCAUCAAUUGCAGCUUCAAGAAGAUUUAAGCAUCCAAUUGCGGUAUUUUUUCAUAUGGCAUUUCGUUCAUUAGCAAUUGUUGCUUAUUUCAUGUGUUCUUGGGCAAAAGCAAGUUUUGUAACAUCAUUUGUUAUUAUAAUUGUUCUUCUGUCGAUGGAUUUUUGGACAGUAAAAAAUAUAACAGGUCGGUUAUUAGCCGGUCUUCGUUAUUGGAAUUAUGUUGAUGAUGCUGGAAAUAAUCAUUGGAUAUUUGAAUCAAAAAAAGGAACUGAUAAAAGUACUGUAUCACCAAUUGAAUCAAAUAUUUUUUGGCUUUCAUUAGUAUUUACCAUACUUUUAUGGAUACUUUUAACUAUUACAACAUUAUUUUCUCCAACAUAUAUUAUUAUUACAGGUGCAGCUCUAGCAUUAAAUGUAACAAAUUUAUAUGGUUUUGUUCGUUGUAAAUUUGGUUCAAAUGAAAAACUAUCUGAUGAAAUGAAGAAAACAGUAUUUAAAUCAUUUCUUUCACGUGUAACGAGCGGUGCUGGUGGUAAUAUGCCUUCAUCAACUGAUAACGAACAACAACAAUCAUCAGCUGCACGAACAAUGUUUGGGCCUUAA